CAAAAGCGCAGUUCCGCGUUGGUAUUGGGAGAGUAUGCGCGUCGUGACUCGUGAACCACUCACUCAGUACCGGUCGCGAUAUAUCUGAGGUCACACGUUUCAAACUCCAAAUAUAGACCUCAAAUAAUAUUUUUGCUGCGAGUGUAUAAUCUAACUUAUUUAUUAAUUUGGACAAAAUGCCAGAAUCGGAAGUUACCACGAAAGUUAUCCUGAAUGAAGUGACACCGGACAUAUCACAGCACAUGCUAUCAGAUGUGACCCACUUGCCGGGGGUUCAACUAGGAGACUUCUUACUCCAGUUCGAGUUGGAUGAACCCAAUGAAGCGGUCCGCGAUGUCGCCAGACGGGAACUACGAGAAACGCCAGAAAACAUCCAACCAGCUGUUGAUGAACUAAGGAGGCUUUUAGAAGCGGACAAGGAACUGUAUGUCCCCUGUGAACGCGACGCGUGGCUCAUCAGAUUUCUGCGGCCUUGCAAAUUCUACCCUGAAAGUGCUUACGAGUUGAUCAAACGCUAUUACGGAUUCAAAGUAAAGCAUCACAAACAUUAUGAAGGACUAACACCAAGCAAAGAACAGAAUGUCUUCAACCAGAAUGUCCUCAAAGUUCUUCCCACGAGAGAUCAGCUUGGGCGAAGGGUGCUGGUUCUGGAACUGGGCAAAAAGUGGAACCACAACAAAUGCACACUAGAUGAGGUGUUCAAAGGUUGUGUUCUCUUCCUAGAGGGCGCCAUGUUGGAGCCAGAGACACAGAUAUGCGGCGCUGUCGUGAUUUUUGACAUGGACGGUCUGUCUUUGCAACAAGUUUGGCAAUUCACCCCACAAUUCGCAAAGAGAAUUGUCGAUUGGCUGCAGGAAUGCAUCCCGCUCAGAAUAAAAGGCCUAUACAUCAUUAACCAGCCGUAUAUCUUCAAUAUGGUGUUCCAGUUAUUCAAGCCAAUUUUGCAAGAAAAAUUGCGUUCUCGAAUUGUAUUUUUGGGCAAUGAUAGAGAGCUUCUUUACAAAUAUAUAAAUCCUAAAUGUCUUCCUGAAAAAUAUGGUGGGAGUUUAAACAUACCAGAUGUCACUGGGGCUCAGUGGUUGGAGCUUUUGAUGUAUUGCGAUAAGGAAUACCUUGCGAUCAACUCUUAUGGAUACAAGAAAAGCAAGUGAUAUCCUUCACGACUCGUCUAUAAUUUGUGAUAUUAUUUAAUAAUAAGAAAACACCCGGAUUCAUCUAUAGAAAUAGUAUGUAUAUGAAAGAACAAACUGUUUCAUAGCAUAAACUUAAACAAAAAUUCUUUAUGUAAUUCGUAGAUGUAAUUGUAGUUUUAACCUGUCAACUGUCAAAGGUCGUAUAUUGACCACACGCACACUAAUAUAUAAAUACAAAAUUAUGUAAUAACCUCAUCUAUUGCAGCAGUUAGCUAUUACUUCUCUUAUAUAAAACGUUAAAAUUUAAAUGAGUAAUGAUUCUACUUAUAUAUAUCAUAUCCAAAGUGGUGACAUUUAUAACAAUUUAAAGAGUAAGUUUUGUGGUGGUAAUGAAGGAAGUAUAACAAUGUGCCUUAUAUAUUGACGUAAAUUUAAGCGCGAACUUUUAUUCUCACCUGUCAAAUGUUCCUAGCAUUAUGACAGAUCUUGUAUCUGAAUAUUAUACUAAAUAUCAAACUUGUGUAAUAUUUAUAAAUAAAAAUAUAAUAUGAAAAAGGUUGAGGCACGUCAUGAAUGAUGAUAGUGACGUCAUCUGAUAACGAACUUGAUAUCAGUAGACCUGAUGUAACACACUACAAAUUCCGCGAAACCUAAAAAGGUUGUAGCGACAUUGAUUUAUUUUAUUUUAUUUUUUAGAGGUUAUGGUAUGCGGCAUCUUUAUUCUUUAUUUCAUUUUAUUGUUAGUAGUUUAACGUUAAGAACCAUAUCCAUAUGUAAUGUUUAUUUUAUAUCACAUUCCUAUUUUACGUUACUUUUAGACAAUUUUAUUUUAUAUUAUUAAGGUUAUAUGAUAAUAUGGCAUAGGCUGUGAAGGAAUAUCUAUGUUAAGAUUAAUAUAGAAUUUAUUCUGCUUUUGUAAAUGUCAAAUUAUUAUAAGUUUAUAUGCCAGGCUUGCCUUAUAUUAAUCAUUGGUAAGACUUGUUAAAAAAAAUCCAGUCGUAAUUUUUACGAUUACUAAUAUACUGGCUAGUAUAACAAUAAGCAUAAUUUCUCUGUCAAACAUUUGGUAGUAGCCUAAAUUUGCCUAAUGGAUCUAAGGAUGGAAAUAAUGUUUGUAUUAUUUUCUGAAGGCAAUACUAUUUAAAAAUCUCGAAAUUGCAACUAGUAUGUUAAUCAGUAUGGCUGACAUUUAUACAGUUUAAACAUUUCUCAAACUGGAUUUAUUGAAUGUCCUUCUACCCUUGCAACACGUUCUAAGAACCGUUUCUAUUCAUAUCUUCCUAAGAUCCGGAACCUAUUUUCCGUAUGUCAGAAUGCAGUACAUUAUUUGAACACAGAAGUCUCAGGGAGAUCUAGUUCAUAACGCAUUAUUAAGUUCAGUCUUUGAAUACUAAUCAUCUAAUCAAAAUUCAUAUCUAUUUUGGGUAUACAGGGUAAUGACAAUUAACUUAAUAAAUAUAUACUUAAUAAUAAUUCAUAUUAUUAAUAUUUAUUACUCAGAUACUUUCGAGUUUAUUAAUUAUAGGUUAAGGAAUUAAUGGGUUAAAGAAGCGUAUAAUGUAAUAUAAUAAAACAAAGAUUAUUUUAAA